AUGAGUAGCCGAGCUACGCGAGCAUGCGAGCCAUGUCGUGUUCGCAAGGUAAAGUGCAAUGGGGCAACCCCCUGCUCUCAAUGUGCCCACCUCAACCUGUCCUGCAUCUACUCGACAGCCCCAUCUAAGAGGAAACCUGGGAUUCGUGGCCGCCUAGUUGCCCAAUUACGUCAGGGCACGACUGAUUCGAGAUCGAGUACAACUCCCCCGCAAGUCCAAGACUCACCCUCGAGCUUAGGGGCGUAUACGGCCGACUUUUUUCUCAACCUCGUGACUGCCUACGAGGAGGUCGUGUUUCCUGUCAACCCGAUUAUUCUGUCAUCAGAGAUUGUCGCGGCUGUUGAGAAUAUGGAGCGGAGCUUUGAAGACUCGGCCCUUGUUUUUGCAUUCGGCGCUGUGACCAUCAAUCUGUCAGAAAUAUCCCAAGGCCUCAACGACGAUAUCACCACUCGCAUGACGGAUCUUAUGCACCACAGUUUCAGGGCACAUCGGCAAGCAGAACUCGGCAGCGAGAUCGACAGCAGGUUACCAGUAACUGUCAAACGCAUCAUGACGUGCAUCUUUCUCGAGAUAUGUCUCAUGGCAUUGAAGCGAUUUGAUCGAAGCUUGGCUAUUCUGCGAGAGGCCAUUGCCAUGAUUCAAAUGCUCCAAGUUGAUCAAAAUGUCUGCGAGCGCAGGAUUGAUGAUCAAGAGUUGGCUAGGAGGCAGCGGCUAUACUGGGAAGCAUUCAUCCAUGAGCGGUUCUUGACAAUCAUGCCAGGGUAUCCGUCAAUACUCCCUCCUCUGAGAACCGGCGUUCCGCUGCCAGACUCAAGCAUUCCCCAGCACGUCAAAGCAGGCUUUGAUCGACUCAUUCACCUGUUUCUCAUCAUGGAUGAUACCUUUCUGUCACAUUGGAGAGCAUUACAAGACGCAGACCUCGAAGUGCCUGAGAUAACGGCAGAUUGGAUCGAGAGCAAGCAAGCUCAGCUGGAUGAAGAUGAGAUUGGGGCAGCCGAAACUGAAAAGGAGCUCGUAUCUGGAGGAUACGGAGGUCUCAGUGAACUGCAACAUGCCGAUCUCUUUGUCACUCGACUCUGGCUUCGAACUCUGGUCUGGCAGCUUGCUCUGUCUCAAGGACUCUUGCAGUCUGUACCCCCAAAGAACUCUCACGAGGGAUUUUCAAUGCACUUUCCGGCGCAACGUCUCUCUGCUCAGCUGCGGAAUCUAGUAGGGCGACUGGACAGAGUCGAGAGCAUCGGGAUUCACGGAUCUGGCAUUCUUCAGAAGCUGUUUGACAUAACAAGCACGGUAGCUGACGUGCUGGCCCUACCGAUUGGUCAUGAGCAGGAUGCUGAGUCGAGGAUUGAGGAUUUCUUGUUUCUCGUCAAGUUUCUGCUCAGUUUUGAGAGAAUACCCCCGAAUCAGAAGGAGUAUCUGAAGGAAAAGGUGAAUACCGUGCAGAGGGAGCAUGCAUCAGGGUUUCAUAGUUUGGCAGCGUACACUUUUGACUGA